AUGAAAUUAUUAUUAUUGACAAUUAUUUUAGCAUACUUUUCCUCCUCUGUCAUGGCUGCCGAUUCAUAUGAAGUGAUUAUAAAAUCAUUUUGUAGUGCUGCUGUUGCUGGACAAUGUGAUGGUACUGCUACGCAAACCUAUUAUACUGCUAAUACCGCCAGCUGUCAAAAGUUUGUUACCUGUGACACUUCUGCUCCAGUCGCCUACAGAAAAUGGGCAUGGGAUAUGAACUCUAGCAUGUUCAACUUUACCACUUUUUCCGACUCUGCUUGUACCACUGAAACCGUUGCUGCCCAAAUCUACCCUUGCCAACUCGAAGAGAAUGGAUCAGUAAUCCAAUGUCGUCCCACCGACAAUUACUUUGUCAAGCCAUGGUCUUCAAUCUGCAUGAUCUCUACCAAUGCCGAUGACGGAGGAGGUAAUAACAGUGGUGGUGGAAAGGGUGAUGGAAGUUCAACUUCUUCUACUCUCUCUGUUGGAUCUACAAUGGUAGUCUUUACAACAAUCGUUGCAACGAUCAUUACUUUAUUAUUUUAA